AUGCAAGCAAUAAAAAUUCUUUAUCUUCAUAUAUAUGAAGAUGCGAAAACAACAAAAAUCAGAAAAAUACUAGAGAAAAUUUAUGGAAAAGAUAAUAUAUUAUCUUCUAAAAGCAAAUCUAGGACACUAGAUAUUUUAAUUUUAAUUUUUGUGUAUAUUUUAUGUAUACUGUGUAUAUGUAUUUCAUUUUACUAUUUAUUUGCUACAAAAGUGUUAGUAUAUAUGCUUAUUUUUCCAAGUAUAAUUAUUACAGUUAUUAUUUUUUUCCUUGGAUCAAUAGCAAUUUAUGAAGUGUUAUAUCAAAGAUCCUUAGUUGAAGCUAAUCAGUUAUUUAAAAAAUUUAAACCUAAUGUAAUUGUUGCUUAUCAGUUUGGAUGCAUUUUAGCUAUGAAUAUUGAUUCUCCAAGAGUUCCAAUGCUGUUAAUAUCCCCAGUUCAGGAAAAUUUAUUUUCAACUAGAUUGAGAAAGAAAAUAAAUAUAACAGAUUAUCCAUAUAUAAUUUUUGUUCAUUCAACGAAAGAUAAAAAACGUAGUUUGAAUAAGACUUUGGAAUUAGUCGAAUCAGUAGAUAAACAAAAGUAUAGGGUAGAAAUAAUAGAUGGGGGUUAUAACUUAGAAUUAUUGAGCAGUUCGGAUUAUAAAAGUUGGGUAGAUGAAAUUUAUACAGAGGGGAAUGUAAGUGCAAAAAAGUUAUCACAAAAUGAUAGUGAUACUGAAGAUAGUUUGUUCAAAAAUGAUAUAUAG